UGUAACAGGCUACUACAAACAUCUAAUGGUAAAUAAAACGUGAAAUCUGUUGCUCUAAGCUCCGUUCCAUUGGAAGCUCCGUACGAAAUUUCGUCUAUAUGUUAUGAAAAAUGGCGCCCUCCCCUGGAUACGGAUAAGAAGCGCAGUCAGGUGCGAAGUAAGGUCAAAUACAGAAUUACGUAAUGGUGUGUUGCGUUGUCGAAACACCGUUUAAAAUGACAAACACUUUUUAUAAACAAAUAAAUACCCUUAGUGUUCACCUUACGAAAUAUACGGACACAGUGCACUUUGAGGGAUUUAAAACGGCACAUACCAGUAUGAGUUGGUCACACACUACAUUUACGACGUUUAAAUUUAAAAGUAUAAUGAACAAUUUGCACAUAAACAAUCAUCCACUAAGCACAUUUUUAGAAGAGAAAAUACCACCUUUCCUGCUUUAGUUGUGUUGAAUUUCCCUUCAGUUUGCACACCUUGAAAACCGUCCGCUUCCCUAACAACGGCAGAAUCGCAGCAUGGCGGACGGAAAGGUAGAGAAAGAUCAUCGCAGCCAAGUCCGCGUUUUCAUAAACCUCAUCGACCUCUUUUCGUCAAAGUACAUUGGGAAGUUUCUCUCCGACCGUGUUGUUGGAGCGUCGCUGGAGGCAGCAGAUUCGGGGGAUGAAGAGGAGCCCCAGCGAUCACACACUUUCCGAGUCGUCGGGACUGUUUCCGAGCCGACAGCGCAGAAAAGGUCCACUUUUACGGCUGAAGAAUACUGUGCUUCAGACCGGGAUGUCCUCCUUGCGCGAUUGAUGGAGUGUGAUGUUAUUAUUUACAACAUUUAUGGAAACGCCGAUCAAAUUCAUGAAGCCAUUUGGGCAGUUUCAGCCCUCCAUGCAGAAUUGGACAAUUUCAGUCGUCCAAAGAUAUUCAUUCUGAUAUCAACUGUGCUGACCUGGGCCCUCAGCAAGCCAGUCGAUCCAGACGAUCCAGAGGCUGCAUUCACCGAGGAUGACUAUCGUAGGAGAAGAUCCCACCCCAACUUUAAAGAUCAUAUCGGCGCUGAGAAACUCGUCAUUAAAAUGGGGAAAACGAAAAAAUCUAGGUUUUCUACCUAUGUUGUGGCAUCAGGUCUUCAAUAUGGACUGGAAGAAGAUAUAUUUCACUACUUUUUUAAGAUGUGUUGGUUGGGAGAAGCUUCAAGAAUCCCUGUGUUUGGAUCUGGCCAAAACAUUCUUCCUACAAUUCAUGUGAAUGACCUAGCAGGCGUGAUCCAAAAUGUCAUUGACCACAAGCCAAGGACACAUUACUUAAUUGCUGUGGAUGAAUCCAAGAAUUCAUUGGAAGAUAUUGUGAAGGCAUUAAGUGCAGAACUUGGGCCUGGAAAAGUAGCAAGGGUACCAAAAGAAGAUAUUUUCCUCACAGAAGAUCUGACGCAAAGAGACAUUGAUUCCCUCUUUGUCAACCUGCGCAUGGAGGCCGCCUUGUUGAAGGAGAAUUUUAAUCUUCAUUGGGUGUCAAAAUUUGGAAUUAUUGAUAACAUUGAUGGCAUUGUGGAGGAAUAUAAACGCGCCAGAGGAUUACUGCCUGUUCGAGUCGUCAUCUUGGGCCCCCCAGCUGUGGGGAAGAGUAGUGUGGCUGAGAGGCUGUGCAAGCAGUACAAACUGCAUCACAUUAAGCUCAAAGAUGCCAUAACUGAGUGCAUCGCCCAGCUGGAGAAACAAGUUGCACUGGAAGAUGGAGACGGUGAUCAUGAAGAUGCUCAGAGGCUUUUGGAGAUGCUGAAGGAGAACUUGGAUAAAAAUGGAGGUCGCCUGGAUGACCAGUUUGUUAUACAUAUUGUGAAAGAAAAACUGAAGUCAAAACCAUGCAGAAACCAAGGAUUUAUUUUGGAUGGUUUUCCUAAAACAUACGAGCAGGCCAAGGAACUGUUUGGUGCUGAGGAAGAUGAGUCUGAUGUUUCUGGAUCUAAAAUGCCACCGAUCAACAAUAAAAUCAUCCCAGAGUAUGUUUUCUACUUGGAAGCCAGUGAUGAAUUCCUGACUAGUCGUGUGCUGAAUUUGCCAGAGAAUGUAGUCCAGGGAACCCACUACGCUCAGGAGAGGUUCCUUCAGCAUCUAGCAUCUUAUAGGGACAUCAACACGGAGGAUGAAACAGUGCUUAACUACUUUGAUGAACUGGAGAUUCACCCUGAGCACAUCGAAAUCUCCAGCCAUGAUGAUGUGGAGUAUCAGUCAGUGAUGGAGAAGGUAGGUUCAGCUCUGGGGGAGCCCAGAAACUAUGGGCCCAGUCCAGAGGAGCGAAAGCUACUGGAGCAAAGGGCAUCUGAGGAGCGCCUUAGGAGUGUGGAAGCUGAGGCAGCCGAGAAGCAGCGCAGAGAGGCAGAGGAGGAAGCAGAGAGGGAGGCCCGCUGGAAGGAGUGGACUGCACACCUGGCGGAGGUAAAGCAGCAGGAGCGGGAGCUGCAGGAGGUCCAGUCCAUUCCUCUGAGGAACUAUCUGAUGAAGAAUGUGAUGCCAACACUCACCCAGGGACUCAUCCAAUGCUGCACCCUCAAACCUGAUGAUCCAGUGGACUUCUUGGCUGAAUAUAUCUUCAGGAACAAUCCUCAAGUUGAUUGACCUGUCAUUUAAGAAUGUAAUAAAAAUCAUAGCGGUUUAUGGUGUUUAAUCUGUUCCUUCAGAAAAAUGUCACAGAUUACAUGGAAAUCUCAUUCCCUGUUGAACUGAAAAGGGGUUCAAAACCUUUACAGUCCAAGUAAGGCAGUGAGAGAGAGAGAAAAAAAACUGUAAAAGUAAUUCAGAAGUUUCUAGUUCUGAAUUACAAUCAAAAUUCAAUCCAGCACUGAGACAUUCUUAAUUUAGAACACAAGUUAAAAGCUAAUCUGCAAUAAUUGCAGUUGACGAGGGUGUGCAGCAGGCUGCAUUAACUUGAUUUGCUGCUGCUGUGCUGUCGACACACAAUUGUGGCCCUUUUGGGCUUCCUUAGUCCACCUACAGGCGGGACACCUGGCAUGCAAUUCACCAAACGGGUUGGAACUGGCCGCAGCCAUCUGAUAUCCUCCUUUGCGUAGUACAUCUGUACCAGGUCUAUCUGCUGUUCGCUCUGUCUGCAUCUGGUCUACCUGCAAUGACUGAUGGUCAUACACAACUGCUGUACAUAACGUGAAAUUGAAAUCUUAUUAUUGUUAUUAUUUACUACUAUAAUAGCAAAGUACAUAAGUCUUUCAUUUUCUUUUGUGUUGGUAAAUGGCUGUGCUAAAAUAAUCUGUUCGUCAAUCAUCUCUUAUACUGUACUUAUGUAUGUAGCUUAUAGUAAUGUACUUAUGGUUGCCAGGUUGUUUUUCAGAUUUGUUAUAUUUAUAAUAUAAUUAUUUCUUCAUUUAAAACUCAGAACUCAAACUAAUUGUUAGGCUAAUAUAAAAAGAAUAGACUUUCUCUUUUUUUUCCAGAUAAGAUCCUGUCAACACAAACACAUGCUGGGAUAAGGGUAAUCUCGUAUUGCUUGACAUGACAAAAUGCCAUCACGAAAAUUAUCGAGAGAAAAACUGGGUUCAUGAAUAAUGUAGAUUUUGAUUUUAUAUAAUGUACUGGGUUUUUUUUUUGCCUCAGAAAAACAUUUCUACUAAUCCCAUUGCAAUUUUGGCCCUGCUUGCAGGAUAUGAGUUCGGACACUAGAUGGCAGACUUGCUUCAAAAUUUAAACUGCUGACUUUAUUAGAAGAGCAAUUUUAAAAAGCUGUUUAAUCCACCUGCUCCUAUGCCAGUAAUCAUUAUUGUCUUAAUGAAAUCAUGAUAUUUCUAUAUUCUCACUUCAACAGACACAAUUUCUUUUAAUGAUUCACAUUUUCAGGUUUAAUCAGACAAAAAAAAAGUUUUUUUUUUCCAAAUGUGUUUGCCUCUCAUCUGAGUUUAAAAUAAAAUGGACCAUAUGAAUUGAUCAUUAAUGUUCUUAUUAUUUUCCUUUUAAAGCUUCUGACUGUCAGGCUCCCUCACUGUGGGGAGCCCAUGUGAUAAAUGUGUGGUUAGGUUUGUGAAAAACUUCUGGCUGUAGCACAGAGGAGGGGCCUGGCACCGUAUCUUCUGCCUGGCCCGCCAUCCCUUCCACAGACGGAGCAGGGUGGGGCCCAGCCAGGGGCGGAAUGCGUCCCGCCGGGCUACACCUCAUAACGGAUUGUCUGUAGCAUCGUACUGACAGAAGAAGCAAGUCGUCCACAGAUGCUCAACUGCUGGGUACCUGGAAGAUUUGUCCCACCUGACUGCGAAGUGCCUCACAAGGGUGUCUGGCAGGGCCCUCACGUGGUUCUGGGUGUCUGGUAUGAUUCUCAGUGAGGACCCUCACACAGGUGUCUUGGAAGCUCCUGACAUGGAACCCUUGCGUGAGGAAACCUUCUGAAAGGUAGUCCACUCGAUGUGUCUGACUAUCCCAAGAUGUUCUACUAAAUUAGCUUCAAGCACAAACCCAGCGCCCUGAUGUCAGUAACAGAAUCUCCAAGCCGGACUUGUCUCCCUGCUCAAUCCAUGAACAGAUAUUGAUCUUUGUAUUAUAGACACUUGGAGGCUUACUCAAGGAGCUUCCAGUUCUUGUUUUACCCCUCUGUAAAUCAACUGUAAAGCUAUUUAUGUGAAAUUGCACAAUAUGGAGUAGCAUUUGACUGACUGACAGACCAUCACUGUGCAUCCUUGGCCUCUUCUACUCUAGCUGGCAAAGCGGACAAGAGCUGGAAGCCCCAUCUCUGCCACAACUUGGAGGUGUGCUGAACAGCUGGUCUAACCCUGGCUGCCUGGACACUGCCCCAGCCCUUACUAGCCUUGCCAGGAUGCCAGCUGAUUCAUUCUCUGGGCCCUGUCACAGUGAUGUCUUCAUUGCUAACCACAGCAGACGCCAGCUCCUGGCAGCUACUGGAGGUGACAACAAAUCCAAUUAUCUCCCCUCCACGGUGCCCAGGCAGGCAAACCAGUAUGACAGGGACAGAGGCUGCCAUUCUCCCCCCAGUGUGCAGUGUCCUUUGUGACCUGGUACUCCAGCUGGAAGGACAGACAUGGAGGGGACCCUGAGGUCUACUGCACAGGGGAAGGGAGCCUGUUCACUAAAAAAAAAAAAAAAAAAAACACACAGCCCAAUAUUUUGAGGAAACCGAAAGCUCCAGCUACUGCACAGUUUGUGAAAUCUCAGCGUAUUCAUGAUAAGGUCUAGAACAUUUUAAUUCCACCCUACGUACUCGGCUCCAUUAACAUGCAUACAUAUCCUCAACUAGUAUGUCUAUGAAUUAUAGCUCAGAGAGCAGUAGGAAGUGAUGCUGUUAAAGUGAGUGCAAGAGCCACCAAAUGUGAGACUUCAAGGAGCCUGCAGGAGUGAGCAAUGCCGCAUCGUGGCCCCAUGUGUGCUGGAAGCAAGCAUCCCAGUCAUGGUGGCCUGGUCAUCCCAAGCCUAUUGCAGCUAACCCCUGGUGACUGCACACUGAGCUCCUGCUUUGUGCUACGCAAGCACUCAGAGGGGCUAAUUAAUGCCUCGGUAUGGAAAUGAGUGUCACAGUAAAUUACACAGCUAGCAAGCAGGCGAAUUUCCUUUGAACAUGUCAAGAAGUUGUACUUGAUAUGCAAAUAGAAAUGUACACGAAGGCCAUGAAUACGGAGUGCAUGAUGACCAUGUUUGUAGAACGCCAGCAUGAAGACGACACCUACAGAAAGAUCACACAACCGGGUCCACAGAUCGAGUACACAAGGACUGUGUCUAUAACAAGGCAGAGUGAAGACCACAUCUACAGAAAGUCCACACAAUCUGGUCUACAGAACGAGCAGGAUCACACAAUGACUGUGUCUAUUGGAAAACGUAAUGAAGACAUCAUCUACAGAAAGAUCAUACCGUGACUAAAAAAGUUCCACCUUGACCAGCGUCCGGUUAAACUUCAGAGCAUGUGACAGUGCCAGCAGGCCUCCGGUGCCAAUUAGGUUUUCGCAAAUAUCAAGCUGCUGAAUGUGACGACUUUCAGCGAUGAAUUCAGCCAGGACCACAACACCUGACAAAGGUGAUUCCCGUAUGGCCGAGGCCGAGCUGCAGGAGUGAGGGGCUGGAGAUGAGGGCCUCCUUCAGGAUUUGAACCCCCUGGUUCUCAAGAUUAUUGUUGCCCAAGUUCAAUAUUUCCAGUGUUUUUAUCGAAGGCUGGAAUGGAACAUGCCCAGUGUGAGGCUACACACAAAUAGGGACACAGGAUAUUCAGUGACUUUCUAAAGAGAAAAGCACUUCUGCUAUAAAAUCUGGGAAGGGAG